AUGAGGUGGGGCAGACGGGUGCGGCCGCAGCGCUCUCUAGUCCGGGCGGAGGCGGCGGCGACCUCAGCCGCUGCCCGGAGCCCCGGAGCCCCUGCAAGGCGGCCGUGGCGACGGCAUCCGAGGAAACCUGGGUCCCGCGAUCGACCAGCGCCGGGUGCUCAGUGGGCGGAGCAUCAGGGCGGUCAGGUGACCCGGGGGCGGGGCCUCGUUGCGCCGGAGCCCGGGAAGGAGGUGGAGCGAGAGCGUCGCGCCGAGCGAGGGGCCGAGGGGCUGAAGCACCCGCCAUUGACUGAUGUCAUCAAAGCUAUUGAUAAAGAUGAAAAUAUUGAUUAUGGAGAUCUGAAUACUUGUCUUCAAAAUUUUGGAGUUUACCUUUCUAAGCCAGAAUUUCAGAAGAUCACAGAGUUGACUGAAGCUGGCAUAUUGCCUGAUGCUAUUGAAAACCUCCACAAUCUUAGCAAAGAGAAGAUGAGUGCUCCUGACCUGUGGAAUACUCUGUCUAGUUUGAAAAGUAAUUUAAAAAAAGACGAAUUCCUAGCUGCACUGAAAUUAGCAACAGUUGAUGGUGAGAAGGUUGAUACUAGUGACCUGGAAGUUUUUCUGCAAAAUAUGGGGAUAGAGCUCACAGAAGAUAAAGGCAUGGAAUUACUGAACAAUCUUCCAGUUGAUGCCAAAAGAAAGGUGUAUAUGAACAGAUUGAUGAAAGAAUUGCAGUCUUUUAAAGGGACAAAGGUAUCUUUAGAUAAGGUGGACACUUUCAUUAAAAACAUGGGAAUUGACCUCAAGGAGAAAGAAAUCCAGGAAUUGAAGGACCACCUACCAGUUGAUGAUGAAAAGGUUGACUUGGAUGUGUUGAUGGAUGCAGCACUUUUACAGGAGAUGGAAAGGUAUAUAAGAAAAGAUUGCUGGAUAGCGUGAAGCCUCUCAAAGGGAAAAAAGUCAGUGUCAAUAACCUAGACACGCUAAUGGAGAACAUGGAAAUUCAGCUUGAGAAAGAGGACUAUGAAGACUUACUGACCCAUUUGCCAGCUGAUG